ACAAAGGCUAGAGAAUGCUCUCGGGGCGUAAAUGAGCGACGACGCAUUUUUCCUCUGCAAACAUUAGCUUUUCCGAGGUGGUACGCGGCCUUUCUGGUGGAAAACUGUGUCCGCUUUGUGGCAGAAGAGAUUGUGGGCAGUUUAGUUUUAUAGUUCGAAUCAGAUACGCCAGGAUAGUGUGAUUAAUUUGAGGAGAACAGCAGAGCAUAAGGCAAAACCAAUUUCAACAUAUUGGGUGGCUGAUUUCCUUACGCUGUCGAAAGAAGGGAAAAUCGAUUUUUCACCCUAACAACUUAAGGAAUCAACCUAUAGUGGAUUACAUACAAACAAAGUAUCGGACACGCCGAGAGCGAUAAUUGAAAGUUGAUUUUAUUAGUGGCGAGCUUAUAACGACUAUUUUAAAAGCAUUUAGUCAUUAUUAUUUGAAAAAGUAUUCAAAUAUCUGAUAGUGAUAUAUAGUUGCCGUUUUCGCUUCCACUCGGUCUCGAGUUUUGCUGCUGACUUUAGCAGUUGGGGAAGCAUAAAUAUUUCGUAGAAAAGGCACUGGAAAAGGCUUCAAAAUAGGUCAACCCAACAGUAGAUUCAACGAUCCCGCACAAUUUAAUAUGCAUGAAGGUGAAGUCGUAGUGAAGAAGGUGUUGGGGCAUGUGCCCAAGAGCAGUGUCCAGCACCGGGCGAAACCAUUGGAAAUGAAAACGUACCGCCUAGCGCGGGAUGACAUAUCCGGCGGACCCGUCAAUCUGGAUGAAAUAGAGCCAGGGCUGUGGCUGGGCAACGUUACGGCAGCGGCUGAUUUACCGACGCUCGAGAAGCUAUCCAUUCGAAGUAUACUAACAAUCGAUUCCUGUCCUCUACCAUCGCAUGUUACCGAGAAUCCAAGCCUGCGGGUGAAGUAUAUUCAAGCAUCCGAUGUGCCCAGAGAGGAUCUGAUAAGACAUUUCGAAGACACCAACAAAUUUAUCGGCGACAGCCUGGCAGAGGAACGGAACAUUCUUGUGCACUGCUAUUUUGGGGUCAGCCGUAGUGCCACCAUCGUGAUUGCGUACCUCAUGGAAAAGUACAAGCUGUCCUACGAGGCAGCACUGCAUCGGGUUAAAAGCAAGCGCCGUUUCAUAAUGCCCAACCCGGGCUUCAUCAAUCAGCUGAAGCUGUUCUGUCUCAUGAACUACCGUAUCGAUCCGCUGAACGAGAGGUACAAACUGUUUCGACUCAAACUGGCGGCCGAUAAUGUGCGGAAAGCCAAACGACUUCCGGUGAACUGUAUGGAUGUGGUGAAGCCGGACCCGGCUGUGACCCAGGAAACACCCGAACCGAUCGUGUACCGGUGCCGUAAGUGUCGUCGAGUGAUCGCCAGGAAAAGCAACCUGCUGCUGCACAAACCGAAACCACCCGGUCAAGCGUCCCCUAUCAAGCGUCCAAUGUUCGGAGCCAUCGACAGCGUGGAUGAAGGGGACGAAAGUGAAUCUGGCGAUGAAAAGAAAGAAGGCGAGGAGGAAGCAGGAGCGGCACAGCCCGAGCAGAAAGAAGACUCGGCCGAGGAAGGUCAAGCCUGCUCGAAGGAAGCAGCAGAAGUUUCGGAACUGAAUGAUAGCUUGUACGUUCCGAAGGAAGCAAUAUCGUGUGUUACGGAGCAGAUGAGAAGAAGUUCAAUCGGUAGCGACCAAAGCAAUCGCUCGGCGGACAAGGAUGGUAUGUGUAAGAAAAUCUACUUUACCGAACCGCUCGCUUGGAUGACGGACAUAUUCCAUAACACGCAGGGACGAUUGUACUGUCCCAAAUGUUCGGUGAAGCUGGGAAGCUUCAACUGGGUGAUGGCUACUAAAUGCCCCUGCGGAGCUGAGAUAUACCCCGCGUUCUAUCUGGUGCCCUCGAAAACUGAGUACUCCACUGUCGUGCAGAACGUUCAGGUAACCGUAUAAUUUGUGGUGUACAAACUCAUGAAAGUGCAAAAAGCUUAGCGAACUUUUUCGAAUGCAUUUCUACAUCAAGACAGAUACAUGGCAUUAGAAAAUCUAGCAAUACAAAAACGGUAAUGAUCAAAGAUCUGGUUGCAAGCCACAAACAGAACCUACUCUUCCCUACAUAAAAAAACAUAUAUUGCAUUAACUGCUUGGUCACAUUGACUAAUAAUGACACACCGGUAAACCUACAUUUACUUAUACAAAACAAUAUUUAAAUGCCAUUAUAUAUACAAGUAGCGACUUUAACACAAACAAGUGAGAAAUAAAGCAUUGAUGUAGAGGAAGGAACAGCCUCUGAAGGAUUGGUGGAUAGGCCAAACCGUAAUCAAAAGUGAGAACCGAGCUAUUUGAGCGCCCAUAUAUAGAAAUAGUAGUGGUAGUCGUAAACUUCGUUGCCGUUAACCUUAGAAGCGUGGUUUUUGUUGGUGUUAAACAUUUUUAAAAUGCCGAGAUGACUGCUGGUAGAGAUCAAAAGAGGAUUGGUAGGGUGCGCGGAACAGUGUACCGUGACGGACGUUGACUAGGCCAGUGCUAAAUUUGUCAGACAAGACGGAAUAUUUGACGUAAUUACAAUUGUUUAAUAUUUUUAAUAUUUUAUGAGCUCCUUUUAGUGAAUAUUCAGUUGGUUGAGAAGUGAUUUAGUUUGAGAAAAUGAGUGUGUUUCAACACUAUCCAGCAACAAGCAACAAAAUGUGACAUUAUAUUUGUAGAACAAGAAAGCUUUCAUCAUUAGUACUGUGUAUUUAAAAAUACCAGAUUUUACUAGAGUUCUCCUCAAUUAUGACCCGACUUUAUUUUUUUCUCGGUAUAUUCUCGGAGCGGAUGUCCUUUCAAUAAGGGUUUCUGACUCUGACGAUAUGUAGGGUAGGGAACAUAUUCUAAGCAGCUUUAGGAACCGCCUGUGUAUUCAGACGAAAUACUCGAAAUGUGUUGGGUGAAACUCAAACAGUAGUAUAUCAAUCUGUUCUCUAUCGUUUUCUCUGUCAGAACUUGUUUUCAGAUUGUAAAACUAAGUCAGCAAACUUUAACAAUCAUCAAUCAAAGUUAGAAAUCGAGGGACACUAUUCCAAUCACCCCGAACCUAUUUUAAGCAGUUUCCAUCUGUUUUGCUGGCGUUUUUUCUCAGCACCCGAAGUGGCUCCUGAAUGGCUGCAAUAUAUGUCAAUUUGUUUCAAUUGCAAUUGUUCACAGAUUUCUUUGUGAUUAACGGUAUUUCUUAUAUUCGUAAGACAGCUAGCCAAUCAAAGUUUUCGUUUCCAUCAUUAAAAAUGUCGAUAUCGAUCAAAAUGCAGGAGUUUGAGGCCUGUUUUCUUCGACUGAUUAAAAUAGGCGCUACUGCUUAAGCCGUUCCCUACCCUACAUCAUCCCAAAAUUAUGGGCCAACCAGUAUUAUGGGCCAGUCUUCACUUUGUGUUGGUUUCUAACAUAUUUCAAUAACUUUAAAUAGUCAAAUAUAGUAUAGUUUAGUGAACGUGAACAACGUGGCCCAUAAUACUGGGAUGACUUUUCGGGUCAACAACUUUUGAUGUUCAGUGAAUUUCUUAAUCAAUAGCAUCUUUAAAUACCUUGAUAAAUUUAUCUUAGUAAAAUUUUAAUCUAUACAUGCUGAAUCUCCUGUCUUUUUCAUAGAGCUUUUACAUUCUGCAUUUUGUUUAAGUUAUUAAAAAGUAUUUUAAUGUAACCAAAAUUCCAUUUGCAUUCCAAAAAACUGAUGACCACAGCUCACUUCGGAUUCAAGUUACUGCUGGUUCUAAUUCAGGGUCAUGAUGUUUAGCCUAAGGCUGAUUCAUAAAGCGACGUACGACGUACACAUCCUUUUUUAGGACGUAUUAUUUUUGUCAAGAGUAACUUUUCGAAAUGGAGAUUUUUUCUAUAAUAGAGUAAGUUUUCAAAUUCGCUUAUCUGAUCAAAAUUAUAAUAGGAAAUGAACUAUAUUUUCAAAAAAUAAACUUAAAGGAACAAAAAUUGUCUCGUACAGUGCUGUCUGACUGUAGAGCAAUUCCACAAAAAAAAGGGCAACAAUUUUAAUUAAUCAUUUCUAGAAAAACAUUUCAAAUGGUCCUAUCUGCUUCGAUCGACCACUUUCAUUUAAUCACCACAACUUAUUAAACACCUUUUGUGACACGUUGUUUGCACAAGUUGAUAGCAGAGGGAUCACUCUAGCUUUUCAACGAACACCACACUUCGGAGAGUUACUUAAGCUGAACCAUUUUCAAAAUGAUGAGACACUUCAGAAAAACGAUGGAAGCAGAUUUUUGAUUUGGUUGAAACUUUGAAUGGACGGUUAUAUGGGCAAAAGCUGCCUUUUUGUGCUAUUGGUUUUUCAUUUUAAUCACGAAUGUCUGGGAAGCUAUGUGUUUAAGAAGCUAUGUAAAAAUGCUAAAUGGAAAAGGAAUUGAUGAUACCAAAUAUUUUUAGAUGCUAAACGGUUUGUUUAAUUGGUGUGACGUUUUCGGCAAAGUUGUAGAUAACAAUUUUGUCAAAGUUGUAGACAAAUUUUAAUAAAAUUAUUUUUUUUCCGCUCCAGCAGCCCAAGGCUCUGAAAAGGGCAAUUUAUGAUUUGGCUGAAACUUUGCAUAGAUGCCAUUUUGUGCUGUUGUUUCUUUCGACGUAGAACUAUAUCUCUCAGGAAGUUCAACGUUCUCUCAAGAAGGGAUGUAAAAUGAAAUCUAUUUCUGCGUAGGUUGGCACUGACUCAGUGGAAUAAAAAAAAUUCUCUUUAAGUGAGGCUCGUCAGAUGCAGUAUGUUGCCAGUAUGCCAGAUAAAUCUUGAUUUUGCCAGAUUUCUAAUUGCGCGUCAGACAAACCUAAGAAUUUGCCAGAUAUUAUAUGAGAAUGAGCCAGAUUUUUGCCAGAUUUCAUUCGCGUCUUCACGCAAAUAUGUCAACACAGCGGAAUGGGUCGUGACCGGUCUUAGCCUACCUACCCGGUGAGAGCAAAAAAAGGUCAUCACUUCAAUUUUUGUCCGUAAUUUUAUCCGAAAAAAUGACGAUUUGUUGCACGAUGGUUCCUCGAAAGAUUUUCAAUCGUUGGGUACCAAUGAACUCGGAAUGAAUUCUAGUUUAUUGGGAACACAAACCUAAAAGAAACAGGAUGUCAGCAAAAGUUCCACGCGUUGCAAGAAUGCAUAUUUUGACACACACUCCUAAAAUCCGGAACAUUUCCGGUGUCCGUUGGUCCCGUCAAAUUCGCUAGUACUUUUUGGAAACAACAAUAGUUUUUCUUUAGUUUUUCUAGAAUAGUUUCGGUUUCAUCAAAAUUGAUUCAUUUCUCGAGAAGUUCUGACUAUUUCAAAAUUGGCAAAAUUUUGCUUGUCUCAAUCAUUUUGUCUAUUUGUGGUGAUACUUAUCUCCUUCCUGAGGUCCAGAUCAUGAUGUAUAGAUACAUGGUGUAACGGUAUGUCAAAACGCAUAGUCAGCCAUGUUGAAAAAUUAGUUGACAUGGCAUCGGAUUGUUUAUAAACAAUAAUUAACUUCUCAGUUGCAGUGAAUAAAGCAAAAUUAGCUUCAAUCUGCUUUUAAUCGGUAGCGCUCACCGGAACAAAUUAUGAGGACAAUCAACCAGCCCACCUUGCUCUAAAGGAGGCCAUCGUACCAGCGAGAAAUAAUUCAGAUAUCUACGAAGGUUCGAAAGCACGAUUUUUCCCUCCCGAUAUUUACGAGCUCGUGCCAAAUUACAAAGAUGCAACAUGAAGCUACAAAUCAACGCACAAAACUGUAACCACUGCAAAGCCUAUGACAUCCAAGACGUAAAGCCAAACAUCAAUUGGGUGCACCCAACACAAACGGGGAAGGUUUGUUACUUUUGGGCAACAUUUUAUUACUUUUUGUGUUCUAUGACCGCACAUUAGACACUUCUUCUUCUUCUCUUUUGUUUUGUUGAACAGGCUAUAUCAACCAUACGUCCAUCGAAUACACAUUAGACACAAAAAGUAAUAACAAAAUAAAUGACGGCUACACGCUUGUAUAUGUAUCUGCAGGAUAAUAACCAAGAACCGCAAUGCAUAUGUAUCGAGACUUCAUUCGCUGCAUUUUUAUUGAUGCAACGAUCAGGUUCGUUUCUGUCCCCUUCAUUCACACAUAAUCAAAAUCUCACCCAACACCGGAUGAACUGGAGAUAAAUAGACAGUCGUACUCCCGUUACACGCGCAAAAUAUAUGACAACAUGUGUUGUUACUUGAUUGGAAAAGAACUUCAUUGCUUUUUAAGUAAGAGAUUUGUUAUUUUAGGGGCCAUUUUGCGUUAUUGCUUUUAAAGUAAUAACGAAAAAUUUUGCGUGAUGGUGGGCCGGAAUUUGUCGGUACGAGCAUAAUACAAUUGGUUUAUACCAUCAAAAGGCCAUGGUUUAAACACUUUUCUGGCUUUAGCAUUACUAACAUCGCAAACGCAGACCGAUAGAUAAAAAUUCCCAAACUUCAAGUAUCUUGUGUUUAUUUGUUUUAAUUUAAUCAGGUCGUCAACUAUGCAAAAUAACAUUUAAGACAGAUUUCUGGGGUUUCAUUUUUUUUUUCAAUUGACAGUUAGGCGGCCAGAUUCGCGGUAUACUGUGCACGGCAAUUCUGGUGGUAAAUCCUGUAAAAUUGAAAAUGUAGUUACCGUUCAUAAGCUCGCCUUAAUUAUCUAGUUACGCGCGUAUUUUAUGCUCAUUCGGUGGAAAUGUGACCGACAAACCUAGCGAAAACAAUUUAGCUGUUGUUAUUGAAAAAUUUGCUAGCUGUCACUUAGCGACGUUUCGUCUCCAUUUCUCCAGCGCUAAAAAGCUACCUCACCGCGGCCCACUAUUUAAUCAAAUCUUUACACCAGUAUCUAUACAUCAUGGUCCAGAUGUUUAUGAUACCCACUUCAUAUUUGUUUUGAUGUUAUAAUCUUAUGUGUAGUUGUUUUUAGGAUAAAAGUUCUACAUACUUGAAUGUGGUGAUACUAAUUUCUUUCCUGAUGUCCAGAUGUUCAUGAUACCCACUUCAUAUCUGUCUUGAUGUUGGUGCCCGAUUUUUGGAAGAAAUUCAGAAGUUGUAAACCUAUGGAUGACCUAUGUUGCCUCUCCGAUAUCAUACUCAUGUUAUCUUGUUAGAGGUCAGAAAAAAAGAACGGAAGAAAAAAAAGAAAAAAAGGUUUUAGAGUACAUAUACACCCAUAUAUACAUACGCAUAUAACAACUAUAUACACACUUUACGCAUACUAAUACAUAUAGAUACAUACAUGCAUACAUAUCUACAUACAUACUAAUAUACAUAGAUACAUAUAUAGAUACACACAUACAUACAUACACGUACAUAAAAACUAAAAAUAAACCAUAAAACAUUUCUACUACUACAGACGUAACACAGAGCGCGAAGACUAAUAGCGAAUUUCUUUAUUCCACCAGCUCACCUCGUUUUGACCUGGAAGCGCACUAGCUGCUGUCAAAACCUUACUCUAUUCGCACGAUAUUGACCCAGUUUUGGCCUGGCGUGCUGCCCGAAGCGCACUAUUAAAUUUGUCAGCUUCAACCCACCACCGCACGUGCUAAGUUCGUAAACAAUUAUCUGACAUCUCUUUCUUACUUGCGUCGUAAAUCGCUAUGCCGUUUUUUUAUUGCUCGGUAGAUUUGCCCUGACGUAGUGGAAUAAAGAAAUUCGCUAUAAGGUCAAGAAAGAGUAAACCGUCAGAUUAAGGCUUCAAAUGUGCAAGGUAGAGUAAGGUGGGGCAAGAUGGGUUAAUGCCGUUUUUGAGCGUGAAAUAACUUUUUUGUGAUGAGACUAAUUUUGCAUUUUUGCAUACGUUAGGAAUGUAUUUUUGACUAUGUAUCACGUGUUCAUAGUUCAUAUUUGCAUAUUGCUAGUUUAUGAUAAAUAAAUUUUUUUCACUAAGUUUCUUAGGUGAUUCACAGUUUUGAAAAAAUGUGUUCUCUCAUCGUACGCUAUAUAAUUUGAAGUAAACCUUCCUGCAACACUCCUUUGCUCAUGAUGUACUGAAUAAUAUGCUUUUUAGCAUGAAUAAAUGUAAAAUGAACAUAAGUAUCACAAGCGUGAACUAAAUUAAUGAUUAGGAAAGCACGGGUCACCAAAGACGAGGCAGUAUGGUUCGCAUUGACAGCUGAGUUUUAGGACUAGAUUCGACGUAAGCGGUGUUGUCACUCCGGGAAAAAAACUGUCAAAAACAUUCAAUAAGCCGAUAGUACAGAAGUGCUUGAAAAUGCUGCAAAAAGUUAUUGUCGUAAAAAUUUACCUCUUUCGGCAGUAUAACAUGGACGAGAUGACCCCAUAUUUUUGUUAUCUAUGAAGCGAAGGCAUUAUUCUUGCUAUCCGUAAAAAGCUUAUUGAGAUUAAAACAUAAUUUUGUUCUGUUUGAGAGGGUGACCGAUCUUGCCUCGCUUUUUUUACAGUGCAAAAAACCAAGCGAACCAACACUUGGUUUUUGAUAUUUUUCAGCGUAAUUUCAAAAAAAUCAUCUGAAAAGUAGACCGAAACUAACUUCAGUUACGAGAUAUUGAAAAAUCUUGGCUCGCAAAAUAUGGAGUUUACGCUCGAUAUUAUGAUUGAAUAAACCUCAAAAUUUAGCAGUGUAUUCCUACAAAGUUUCGAAAUUUCAUUAUGGGUAUUCAUGUCGAGCUCGUAAACAAAUACCCAGCCGUAAAAAUACUUACCUCCAUUGACGAGUAAUGGAAGAUACACAGUUUACGGCUGGGUAUUCGUAUACGAGCUCGAUGUGAAGACCCCUAAUGUAUUUUUCGGUGCUCACAGCAAUUCAUGCAAAGUUAAAUCUGGGUGCCAAAAUUGUUUAAAAUAAAAUAUUGACCGUCUUCGCGCAACUCCAUAUACAACACAGGCCCUGAUUUCUACUAUUACUGAACAUAACUAACAAGUAUGUUACUAUGACUUUUCAGAUUAGAACAGAGCUUGCAGUUACUAGGUGGCCUGGUCCACGUGUGACGAGCAUUCACUAAACUGAUUACAAUUAAUAUUGUCAUGAAUCCUCCUCACAUAGGAGACUGCUGAGAUCAGAGUAGGAAGGACUACAACAUAGGUAUCUGACACUCAUAAUCUCCCUUGGCUCCCAUCCGCCACCCGGGAGUCAUCCGCUAGAAAUGGUCGGGUUUCGGGUUUUCAAACCCGAACCCAUACUGCCGAAAGGGGUAAAUUGUAACAACAAAGCAAUAUUAAAUUCCAAAAAUUCUGCGAUACUUUAUAUUUCAAAUUGGUGCAAAAAUCAUAACGCCUUGGGCCUCCUUUCUAUUCUUUCUGAUCGUUUGCUUCUGAUUAAUUUUUAAUCUUAGUUGUAUGUAUCUUCUAUUAACUAUCGUCCAAAUUAUGACAACGCAGUGUGUUCAGUGCGAAUAUGUUUUAUUAAGGGUUUCAAAUAUGUUAUUAACCUGUUAUGUUAUGACUAGUUUUACUGUUUUCUUCUAAAAAAUUCUAGCUCCAAAAAAAAAUCGAAUGUUGCCUCAUUACCGAAAGUUGAUGCAUUUCUGGGUAGCUUUUUCGAAAUGACCGUGAUCAACCGACAUAUUAUCCGGUGUCUUAUCGGUGGGGAAUCGAAAAAAGCCCAUUUUUAAAACAACAGCACGGGUUUGAAAUAAACCCAACCCGACCAUCUCCACCAUCCGCUGCUUGGGCUGUCAAAGCUGAUAAAACUUGAAUGAUUCAGUAAAGUUAUAAGAAGUCGAGAUUGGAGCUCAACCAACAAAAUCCAGGGAUUUGGGCAAAGUUUCAGCCAAAUCUUCUAAACAUAUAAAAAUGCAGCUCUGUCUGUCUGUCUGAUCCAUAUAGGCUUGGAAACUACCGAACCGAUCGGCGUGAAAUUUUGUAUAUAAGGGUUUUAGGGGCCGGGAAAGGUGACUAAGAUAGUUCGAGACCCCUCCCUCUUCUGCAAGGGAGGGGUCCCAUACAAAUAAACACAAAUUUCUGCACAUCUCGAAAACGAACCAAGUAAAUGGAACCAAAUUUGGCAUGUGGAUGUUUUUGAGAGUAGCAAAUAUGUCCAUGUUGAUUCGACACCCUUCCCUCUCCUGGAAGGGAGGGGUCCCAUACAAAUGAAACACAAAUUUCUGCACAUCUCGAGAACUAACCAAGUAAAUAGAACCAAAUUUUGUAGGUGGAUGUUUUUAGGGGUAUAAAUAUAUCCAUAAUGGUUUGACACCCCUCCCUCUUCUGUAAGGGAGGGGUUCAUAACGAAUGAAACACAAAUUUCUGUUUAUCUCGAGAACCAACCAACUAAAUGGAACCAAAUUUGGCAGGUGAUUGUUUUUAGGGGUAACAAAUAUAUCCAUAAUGGUUUGACACCUCUCUCUCUUCUUUAAGGGAGGGGUCCCAUACAAAUGAAACUCAAAUUACGCACAGCUCGAGAACCAAUCAAGCAAAUAUAACCAAAUUUGGCAGGUGAAUGUUUUUAGGUGUAACAAACAUGUCCAUAAUGUUUCGACACCCUUCCUUCUUCUGGCAUGUCUCUAAAUACCAUUUCGAAAUCCAAGAUGGCGACUUCCCGUUUCUGAAAAACAGCGGCAAAUUACCAAAUACCACCCAACAUGGGUGUUUCCGGAAUUGUUAUGAUGCACUGAAGCCACAAAUCGACCUCAGACAACAUUUCGAAUUGUAAAAUGGCGACUUCCGGUGUCUGGAAAACAGCCGAAAAUGACCAAAUACCACCCAAUAUGAGUGUUUCUUCAACCAGAUUGACGCUCAGAGGCCAAAAAUUGUUUACAAAUGCCAUUUUAGGAUCCAAGAUGGCAACUUUCGGUGUCUGGAAAACAGCUGAAAAUUACCACUAUAAUACCACUCAAAAUGUGCGUUUCUUCAAUCUGAUUGACGCACGGAGGCCAGGAAUUGUUCCCAAAUGCCAUUUUGAAAUCCAAGAUGGCGACUUCCGGAAUCCGAAAAACAGCGGCAAAAGACCGAAUACCACCCAAUAUGAGUAUUUCCGGGUUUGUUAUGAUGCACUGAAGCCACAAAUCGACCUCAGACAACAUUGUGAAUUGUAAGAUUGCGAUUUCUGGUGUCUGGAAAACAGCCGGAAAUGACCAAAUACCACCCAAUAUGAGUGUUUCUUCAACCAGAUUGACGCCCAGAGGCCAAAAAUUGUCUCCUAUUGCCAUUUUGAAAUCCAAGAUGGCGACUUCCGGUUUCCGAAAAACAGCGGCAAAUGACCAAAUACCACCCAAUAUGAGUAUUUCCGGGAUUGUUAUGAUGCACUGAAGCCACAAAACGAGCUCAGACAACAUUUUAAAUUGUAAGAUUGCGAUUUCCGGUGUCUGGAAAACAGCCGGAAAUGACCAAAUACCACCCAAUAUAAGUGUUUCUUGACCCAGAUUGACGCUCAGAGGCCAGAAAUUGUUUACAAAUGCCAUUUUAGGAUCCAAGAUGGCGACUUCCGGUGUCUGGAAAACUGCUGAAAAUGACCAAAUAACACCCAAUAUGGGUGUUUCUUCAACCAGAUUGACGCUCAGAGGCCAAAAAUUGUCUCCUAAUGCCAUUUUGAAAUCCAAGAUGGCGACAUCCGGUUUCUGGAAAACAGCGGCAAAUGACCAAAUACCACCCAAUAUGGGUAUUUCCGGGAUUGUUUUGACGCACUGAAGCCACAAAUCAACCUCAGACAACAUUUUGAAUUGUACGAUGGCGACUUCCGGUUUCUGGAAAACAGCCGAAAAUGACCAAAUACCACUCAAUAUGAGUGUUUCUUGACCUAGAUUGACGCUCAGAGGCCAGAAAUUGUCUCCAAAUGUCAUUUUAAAAUCCAAGAUGGCGACUUCCGGUUUCUAAGAAAAAGCGGUAAAUUACCAAAUACCACCCAAUAUGGGUAUUAUCCGGAAUUGAUAUGAUGCAAUGAAGCCACAAAUCGACCUCAGACAACAUUUUGAAUUGUAAGAUGGCAACUUUCGGUGUCCGGGAAACAGCCUAAAGUGACCAAAUACCACCCAAUAUGAGUAUCUCUGAAACUAGAAUGAAGCUGAAAGUUGACCUCAGACACCAUUAUGGAUUGUAAGAUGGCAACUUCCGGUUUCUAAAAAACGGCCGAAAAUGGCCGAUUUCCAUACAAUAUGAGUAUCUUCAGAACCAGAAUGAUACACAGGAGCUAGAAUCGACCACAGACACCAUUUUGAAAAUCCAAUAUGGCGACUUACGGUUCCUGAGAAAUAGCCCAAAGUGACCAAAUACCACCCAAUAUGAGUAUCACCGGAUCCAGAAUGAUGCAAGGAGCUAAAAACUUACCUCAGACACCAGUUUGAAUUGAAAAAUGGCAACUUCUGGGAAACAGCCGAAAAUAACCGAAUACUACUACAUAUGGAUAUGUCCGUAAUCGAAAUGAUGUAAAGAAGCCAAGCAUUGACCCUGGACACCAUUUUGAAUUAGAAGAUGACUACUUUCAGUUUCUGGAAUACAACGAAAAUAACUGAAAUGCACCCAAUAUAUAUCCGGAAUAGAGGUCAUGUACAAAAGCCAAAAGUCAAGGAUGUUGUCAUUCCGAUAAAACCAAUCAUUUCAAACGAUAUAAGCCAAUCGCAAGGAAUCAAUGAAUUUGAAAAGUUCAAAAUUAUUAAAUUAAACACUAAAAUAGGCGGGACGAAGUUUUCCGGGUCAGCUAGUCAAAAAUGAAAAUUGAAAAAAAAAAUAUUGAAAUACUUAAAAAUAUUGCAAAACUAGAUUCCAUGCAUCAUUUUCAACAAAAUAUUUCAUACUCGAGCUACUCUCGAGCUUGCAGUGCUUCUGUAUCAGGAUGCCAAUGAAAUGCAUGGGAUAAAUUUAAGAGUUGGGGCAUUGAGGUUUUGUAUUUUCAAAAAUGUCCUUAGGCAAAUUUUCAAGCGGACUUUGGGAAAAAGAGCCUCAGAGUGACCAAUGAAAAAAUGCACAUAACACGGUCAACAUGCAUUUUGCGAAAUGCAUGAAACGUUGAGAUCUGUUCCUUCAAAACAAUUUUUUUUUCGAAAAACUUCGGUCCUGGGACUUACACAAUUUUUAAGCUGGGGCCAAUGGAAUGUAUAAGAAAUUUUAUCAUGGUCCGUAAAAUAAAUUCAACUGACACUCUGAAUAACCAAUUUGAAAAAAAUAUUAUUAGCUACUGUUUUUAAUAUAGAAAAAAUCCGAGAAAUCUUUAACAAAUAGCUCAAGGUGACGUCUUUCCCCAACAAAAUCCAGUAGUCAAAAGGUCGAACACAGAAUAAAAACUAUUUUUUUCUGCGAAACACUUAAUGUGGAGAAUGUUGAAAAUAACAGUCUGGAUUAUUUAUAUUACUAAAGAAAUUUCAGCAGAUAUUGACCUAGUUUCCGCAUGUCACUUGCGUAUGCAAUUGAAAUGAUUCGCAAUAUAAAUAUGCUGCUUGUGAUCAAAAUCAUAUCAAAAAUCGAUACGUACAAACCGGGUAGCUCCGUUCCGGUCCGGUUCGAAAUAAAAUCGAGACUCGAAGUUUCCGGUCCUAUCUGACUGUUGACCGGAUUCUGCCCGAUGCGAUGCCGAACACUAUUCACAAGAAGUUUCAAUACGCCUCCCACGACACUGAUUACUUUUUGACUUCUUUGCAAAUCUGACAAUAUAUGUUACGGAACAGUAAAUUUAUCCACCUGACCAAGCCUGAAUCUAUUUGACGCAGAUCUUACUGCAAAGCCGCUGUCGACUUUGGCUGAAACCUACAACCAGCUUUCCCCUAACCGGCAGAAUCAUGCCAGUUUAGGUCAUCGUGCAAAAAAAAAAAACAGGUUUUCAUGUUGACAUUUUCUCAGAAAUUGUUGAACAAAUAAAACGGCGGACAUGAAAGAAGAUGUUUUUCCCGGCAUGAAGCCUAAUUUCCCGGUGGAUUGCAAUUCCCGGCUUUUUCCCGCUUCUCUCGUUUUUCCCGGUAGAGUGUACAAAGUUUUGUGAAAGAAUAAAUUAUUUUUGAAGUGUUACUCUUGACGAAAAAAUUGAGAUAAAUGGCAAAGGUUUCCCAACAUGACAGCAAAAUUUCAUUUCAAUUGCAAAUCUUGAAAAAGAAUUAAUAUCGACACCGCUUUGAGCUGCUAUAGAGAAAGGAUUAUUGCAACAUUUUCUGCGGUUCUAAUUUUAAGACGAGAACUCUUGACUCAAAUUUAGUUUGCAAACAUGAUUUAAAUAUGUGAUACUCUGUAUUCACCGUACACGUGUGAAAUAGUCCUUAAAUACAUCAGUGACAGAGGUUUAAUGAGUUUGUGACAUCUCGUCAUCUUUUAAUCUAUGCCACAUCAAAGAACAAAGAACGUGAGAUAACCGUAAAGUCGCACAAUACUUAUCUACAGUGCUUAUACUCUAACAGAAUAUGAAAGCAUAGUAUUAGUACAAAACAAAUAAAAAUAAACAUAAAAAUCGACCAAUCCCAACGCUACUUUUCUUUUAGCGAUUUUAGUUGUUACUACUCAAAUGCCAAAUCAAUGCGUCUAGAGCAAGGUCACAUCAGGGUUUCAUAAAAGUACCUCCGUUCACUAUAGUUUCACAUUUUAAUUAUGGCUUCCCUAUUAUAAUCCCAGCCCUGUUUCGGUAAACGUUCCAAACGACAUCUGCGCUUAAAGUUGUAAAGUUCACCGAAUAUCCACCUCAGUGGAGACAGUCGAAUAUUCAACUGAACCGAGAGCCAGUGUGUAUCAAAUACAACCAGCUGACGCUAAGAUAACAAUACCAGCUAGCUGCUAGCCUGAAACUAUAAAGUAAUAUCAAGAAACAAUAAAAGCUUUUUACGUUAGGAAAGAAUAAUGAAUGGAGGUAGAGUUCGGUUUCAUAAUAUACGUUAUUCAGUAUUUAAAAAAAAAACGAUAGUAGUAUUCGAAUCAGUGCAGAGUAUGCAAUUAAAUAUGGAUUUAUAAUCAAAAAAAAAAAAAGCUUUACAAGUAACAAAAAAGGUGAAACAACAAUUGAUAAAGCAUUGUAUAAGUUGCCUCUAUGUAUGAAGACUACAGAAAAAACGUCGUAAUAGAUUAGCUGUUACCAUUACAAUGUUCGUAAGUUAAUCGCGCUUUUGAAACUAUAUUUUUAACAUCCAAGCGGUACCGGAUCAAGUUUUUUGUGAACUGUGAAACUGUGUACAUACAUACAUAUACAUAAUGUCGAAACGCUCACAAUUCUACGGGGAUUCUUAAAUAAACCAGAGAAAUUAGACAGUUAGACAAAUUGCCUUCGGAUAGGAAAGAAAUCCUUGCUUGCUUGGCACAGGCAGACAAAAACAAAACAUCAGGCGGGGGAAUUUUUUGAAUGCCUUAGAGUUUUUACUAUUGUAUUGAUAUAUCACUUCUAAAGUUACGGUUUGUCGUCGUUCGAAAUUAUGGUAAGCAUAAAUUUAUCGUAGGUACUUAAUAUUGCAGAUAACUACUUGCAGUCUAAACUAGGAUGAUUGUGUGAACUGAAUGAACAUUUUCAGAGGAUGAAUGAUCGAAUCAAACGCGAUUGAACUUGUCGACUGAACAUCACAUUUGUUUCGCGAGAAAAUUGAAAACGGUAUUUUAUACUAUCAUCUUCCAAAUAAUGCUCGCAAAAAUACAUUAGGAGAACUUUGUCAUUGUUUUCUACUGUAAAUUUUGCCGACCAGUAUCAAGAUAACAAAAAAUAAUCUAAUUAACCAACAAGUCUUGUCGCAGAAUUGCGGAGCAACGUACGGUAAUUUUUUCUUGUGCAACUCAUUUUGCACCAUUUGUUAUAGAUUUAAACCUGCACUGUAACAAUUGCUAUUCUCUAUGUAAAAACCACCAUCUCUUUUAAAUCAGUAAUUUCUAUCAGAAAGGUGCUAAGGUACAAAAAAGCAACAGUAGGUAUAAGAAAAAAAAGGAUAACAGUGGCUAUACUUUGCAGCCGAGUUUUGUGUCUUUUCCCAGUGCGAAUUUCGAUGGAACAUUUUAGUUAAUUUAGUAACGAUCACAGGGAUGCGCUGUUGGUAGAUUAGCUGUUGUUUGCAUCACACUGAUAUUGGGGAUAUGUCAGGAACCUUUUUUUUUCUUUUAUAUCAUUUGUUUUAAUCGGCUAAGUGUUUAGCACUAUGAACAAACAUUGUUUAAUUGCAAUCCAGUGCCUGUUAUUAUGGGUAACUUUUUAAAUGCCCUUCUCAUUAGCAAUUUGUCGAAGUCACAGCACAGCAGGUCGAAAGCACAUUUACCAAGUCUGCUAAGAUUCAUUUCUGUACGAUAAGCAAUAUAUUUCUAGACUGAUAUUGAGGCACGGAGAUACGAAUUCAAAAUUCAACAGCGCAUUCUAUAUAAAAUUUCCUCACUUUAUAGCUACUUAUUAAGCAACAUAUCUCGAUUCGAAGCAAUCUAAGAAUUUCCUUUCAUACAAAUUAGAAAUGUUGCAAUUCUGUAUGAGCUAGUUUUUUUUUUACCAUGUUCCAAAAUCAGUCCUGCUUAAGCUUUUCCUUACACACUGGAAGACCAACUCAAAAAUAGCGCACACAUUUCAGUCGUUAUCCAUAGCACUAGGCACUGAUUGCUUGUUUCUUUUGUUGAAAGCUAUUUUACUAGCAAGUUUAACGAUGACCGGUUGUUGACUUGUGAGGCAAACUACAGUUUAGCAAUACACUGUACAGAAAGUGUGUACCAUUAAUAACUAUACAUAUAGUUUAUUUGUUUUCUCUCUCUCUAUCGUUUGCUCCUGAAUUAGAUAUUUUUUACAAUAUAUCCGGGGAAAACCCCAUCGGAGGAUCGCUUUAAUACAUCAAUUCUUUAUUUGUUUUUUUUCUUCUGUUUUGCAGUAUACUUUGAGAAUCAUCAUUGGGAUAAAACUAAUUAUUUGUUUAUAUUACAAUUACAAAACAAAACUGGAUUCAAAUUGAUGCGGCCCUAACUUUUACGAUCUUUUUGCAGUUUGUGUGAAACAAUCGACCAAAUAAUUAAGUCUUUUCCUCGCAAUUCUCCUAUAUUACAAUUUACUUUAAAAAUA